AUGGCGACCAAUGCCUCAUACGCCGCCGCAUUAAUUAUCGGCUUUUCCCUUCUCUUUGCCGUCACGGCGGAAGAUCCUUACAGAUUUUUCGAAUGGAACGUCACAUACGGUGAUAUCUACCCACUCGGCGUUCGCCAGCAGGGUAUUCUGAUCAACGGGAAGUUUCCCGGACCGGACAUUUACUCCGUUACAAAUGACAAUCUCAUCAUUAACGUCUACAAUCGCCUCGACGAACCUUUCCUCCUUUCAUGGAGUGGGAUUCUGCAGAGGAGGAACUCGUUCGUGGACGGAGUGUACGGAACGACUUGCCCAAUCCCGCCGGGGAAAAACUACACUUACAUUCUUCAGGUGAAGGAUCAGAUCGGAACUUUCUACUACUUCCCUUCCCUCGCUUUCCACAAAGCGGCCGGAGGAUUCGGAGGCAUCCGUAUCCUCAGCAGCUCAUCGAUCCCCGUCCCUUUCCCAGAUCCCGCCGGAGAUUACACCGUCCUCAUCGGCGACUGGUACAAAUCCAGUCACACGGAUUUGAAGGCACAGCUCGAUAGUGGUAAGAAGCUUCCAUUGCCAGAUGGUAUACUCAUCAAUGGCCUCGGAAGUGGCGCCACCCUCUAUGUUUACCGAGGCAAGACAAUCAGGCUGAGAAUAUCCAAUGUAGGGCUACAAGACUCACUCAACUUCCGAAUCCAAGACCACAAGAUGGUGUUGGUCGAAGUCGAAGGGACUCACACUCUUCAGAUUACUUUGUCUUCCCUCGAUGUUCACGUUGGCCAAUCUUACUCGGUGCUUGUAUACGCGGACCAGCCUGCUCAUGAUUAUUACAUGGUGGUCUCUUCUCGGUUUUCCUCAGCUGCUCUCACCACCACUGGUGUUCUCCGUUACAGAAAUUCCUCUGGUGGCGUUUCUGGACCUGUUCCAGGUGGACCACCGAUACAGAUCGACUGGUCCUUGAACCAGGCUCGAGCCAUCAGGAGUAACCUUACAGCGAGUGGACCAAGGCCAAAUCCACAAGGAUCAUACCACUACGGUAGUAUAAACAUCACAAGAACGAUCAGAAUCGCCAACGCUGCUGGUCAGGUCAAGGAGAAGCAACGAUACGCCGCGAACAGCGUAUCGUUUAUCCCAGCCGACACUCCUCUGAAACUCGCCGACUACUUCAAGAUCGACGGGGUUUACAAGGUCGGAAGCAUACAGAGCCAGCCCAUUGGUAAAGCAAUGUACCUCGACACAUCCGUUUUGCAAGUUGAUUACCAAGCCUUUGUGGAGAUUGUUUUCGAAAACUCUGAGGAUAUUCUCCAGAGCUGGCAUCUAGACGGUCACCAUUUUUGGGUUGUUGGAAUGAACGGUGGGCAAUGGAGUCCUGACAGUAGGAAAGAGUACAAUCUACAAGAUGCAGUCGCUCGCUGCACGGUUCAGGUGUAUCCAAGUUCAUGGACGGCUAUAUACGUGGCACUGGACAACGUAGGGAUGUGGAACCUAAGAUCCGAGUUCUGGGCAAGUCAGUACUUAGGACAACAGUUCUAUGUACGUGUCUACACAAACUCAACUUCUCUCAAAGAUGAAAGCUUAAUUCCCAAGAACGCUCUUCUCUGCGGUAGGGCUACAGGUCGUCGCACCAGACCGGUUUGA